GUGACGCGAAAAGCAGGCGCCGGUUUCGCUCAGCGGCUGGGAGGAAGCUCGGCAGCCCCGCCGGCCGCGAGCAGGCCGGAGUCCCGGUCGCUGGCCGGGCUUCUCCGGGUGUGGGUGUGGGCGUGGGCGAGUUAGCGGUCCCGGCCGCUGCCGCGUUCGUCCAGCCGGCGCGUUAGGUGCCGGGAGCAAAGAUCGUAGGAGGCAGGAUCUGGGGUGGAACUUCCUCUUCAGACUUCCCGAGACCUUCCUUCUUCAGCUCCAUCCACACUCCUAACUUCCAUAGGUACAUCAGUUCUCAUUAUGCAUCAGAAAAAUGAAAAAACAGAAGAGAAUUCUAUGGAAAAAAGGAAUUCACUUAGCCUUUACUGAGAAAUGGAAUACUGGGUUUAGAAGCUUUAAGAAGUUCUAUUUUCCUCAGAACGUAUGCUUUCUGAAAGCUAGGCUGGGAAGGCCAGUUGUUUGGGGUCGACAGUUGAAGCAUUUCCAGUGUAGUAAGAAGGCUCUUCACAUUCAGAAAUCAUGGAUUCAGGAUGUACCUCUUUGUGCAAAGGUGAAGUCUGGAGUGGCUACUCAGAAUGUUAGCACUUUGUAUGCCAAAGUGAAAAGAAAGGACACUAAGCACUUCAUUUCUUCCUCAAGGAGUCUCCUGAAACUCCAAGCAGAUAAGUUACUGUCAUCAGCAAAGAACUUGGACCAUGAAUACUGCAGAGAGAAAAGUGUCCUGAAGGCAGUUACUGGCUUGUCAGCAAAUACUGUUUUAGGUAAGGCCAGUGGUCACAAAACUAGGACAGGCCCACAGGCUCCAGACUUUCCCAUGAAGUUCAAUGGGGAGAGCCAAAGUCCAGGUGAGAGUGGCAAGAUUGUGGUCUUGAACAGACAUAGAAAGCGCAUUUGUUAUGGCUGCUACCAAGGGCUAGAGCACCACAGGAAUGGGAAACCCUUGAUUCCAAAAAAGUUCCAACUCAACCAACAUCGAAGAGUCAAAGUGUCUCUUAUGAUGUAUGAGAAAUUAUCCAUGAUUAGAUUUCGGUACAGGAUUUUCAGAUCCCAGCACUUCAGAACGAAAAACAGAGUUUGCAAGCUAAGAAAAGCCCAGCGAAGCUGGGUGCAGAAGGUCACUGGGGACCAUCAAGAGAACCUUGGGGAUAACACUGAGAGUGGCAAUUGCAGCCCAGUCCCUUCCCCGGAACCUAAAGACCCUUGUCGGUGUCAGCCAUACUUGUCAGACAUGGACAGCAGUGUUGCGGUGAAGGGAAAAAACUCUCAUAUGCCUGAUGGCCACAGUGAAGAAAGCCCUUUCUUGGACAAGGAGCAUAGUUUAGAUGAAGCAUCCUCUGACCAACAGAAUGGCAGUGCCACAUAUGCCUGGGACCAGUCACCCUCUUCUCCUAAGUGGGAGUGUACUGAGCAAAUCCAUGAGGUCCCUCUAACAGAGCAUCCUUCUGGUAACACAUUCACUUCCGAAACGGAAAGAGCAGUUCUGGCUCUGAGUCAGGAAGGCGGGACAAGUGCUGUGAGUGACGACAGAGAGAGACUGUCGGUGUCCGGAGCAGACACAUCUGUGAGUAGUGGAGAUGGGCAUGUGUCUGAAGAGCCUGCUCAGAAUGAGAACUUCCAGAUGGAGGAGGAUGGGUCUGUCAAGCAGAACAUUCUGAGUUCUAAGCUGCUGGACCACCCUUACUGUAAAAGUCCUCUGGAUGCUCCCUUGGUGUGCAGUGAGCUCAAAGGAGAAAGCCAAACGGCAGGUGGUCAGAGCAGUCAGAAGGCUUCUCCAGUGGAUGACGAGCAGCUCUCCACCUGCCUCUCUGGAUUCCUAGAUGAGGUUAUGAAAAAGUAUGGAAGUUUGGUCCCACUCAGUGAAAAAGAUGUCCUUGGGAGAUUAAAAGAUGUCUUUAAUGAAGACUUUUCUAAUAGAAAACCAUUUAUCAAUAGAGAAAUAACAAACUACCGGGCCAGACAUCAAAAGUGCAACUUCCGCAUCUUCUACAAUAAGCACAUGCUGGAUAUGGAUGAUCUGGCCACCUUGGAUGGUCAGAAUUGGUUGAAUGACCAGGUUAUUAAUAUGUAUGGGGAGCUGAUAAUGGAUGCAGUCCCAGACAAAGUCCACUUCUUCAACAGCUUUUUUCAUAGACAGCUGGUGACCAAAGGCUACAAUGGAGUUAAGAGAUGGACUAAAAAGGUGGAUUUGUUUAAAAAGAGCCUUCUGUUGAUUCCUAUCCACCUGGAAGUCCACUGGUCUCUCAUUACUGUGACACUCUCCAAUCGAAUUAUUUCAUUUUAUGAUUCCCAAGGCAUUCAUUUUAAGUUUUGUGUAGAGAAUAUAAGAAAGUAUUUGCUGACUGAAGCCAGAGAAAAAAACAGACCUGAGUUUCUUCAGGGUUGGCAGACUGCUGUUACAAAGUGUAUUCCACAACAGAAAAAUGACAGUGACUGUGGAGUCUUUGUGCUCCAGUACUGCAAGUGCCUCGCCCUAGAGCAGCCUUUCCAGUUUUCUCAAGAAGACAUGCCUCGAGUACGAAAGAGGAUCUAUAAGGAGCUGUGUGAGUGCCGGCUCCUGGACUGAGACUCGGCAGGGACUCCAAAAGGCUGGCCAUGUUGGAGCAGAUGGUUUGUUACUUGAAUCUCCAAACACUUACUGAAUUUUUACAGAUAUUUCAGAUUAGUGGUAUUGGGCCACUAUUGUUACCUCAGAUUUAUUUUUGCCCUUCUUCAUUUCUCCUGCUAUCAUGUACUUUUUUAAUGUUCAGUUUAGUUUCAUUUUAACUUUAUGGAUUCCAUACAUCCCUCCCAUAUUUAAUAUUUAUUAUCCAAACGCAUGCAUAUAGACAGAGCAUGCAGUAAAGAGUAUUAAAAAAAAGCCUAGUAGAUUUGGUGCAGCUUUUGAAACAUAGUUAGAUGUGAACUGAAUACAGGUUUAAAAUUUAACCCCAGAACCUAAAAAUGAAAGAUGUUUCCAAUAGAGCAUAGCUCACAAUAGAUGUUCCCUAUGGCAUAAAGGGUAGCUAGGAGUGGUUGUGAAAGCCAGUCAUGUGUUACUUACACCAGCAGCACCUUUCACUGAUGUCCCUCAGAUGAGUCCCUGAGCAUGAGAUGCUUUCCUUUCGGGGUGAGAGGGUCUCUUCUGCUUAGGGACACAGUGCUUGUAAGCACAGUGCUGAUGUGAGAAGAGUUAAGGCAUGAGGAGGAAAAAAAAAGCAGCAUCCUUUAAAGCAACGUUUCUUUUGUUUUGUUGAGACAAGGUCUCCCUAUGUAGCCCAAGCUGUCCUGGGGCUCACAGUAAAUAGGCUGUCCUCCAACUCAAGCUAAUCCUGGGGCUGGUAAUAUAGGUAUAUACCAAUACACCAUACAGUAAGAGUUCCAUUUUGGUCUUAAGAAUCAAAAUAUGUGGAUUAAAUCUCAUAAAGGCUUUUCGUAGGACACUGAAAUUUCUUGGAUUUUUUUUCUGGGUUUGACUUAUGGGGGGGGGGAAACAAGCACCUGACAAACUUUGGCUUUUCAUAGAAUAUGCUAGUUAUUACCUCUUUGUUGCCUCCCAUGUACUCCAAGAUAUUUAAGAUUUACCAAAAGUGUUUCUACUUUAAGGUAUCUGAAAUACAAACAAAGUAAAAGACUGGCAUGGGGUCUUUUUCAGAGGGUGGGAGAAGAGGGGAGGCAACAUGGAGGUCUCUAGGAGCACGUCCGGAAUGUUUUCCUCUAGUCUUUGUUGGCUCAGCAUCUUGAAGGGCUCUUUUGGCUUCUGCAAGAACAAUCUAAAUCCUUACUCAAGAACUGCCCUGUUUAUUUAACUCCAUCCUCUGGGAAUGGGCUGUAGAUUGGCCCUGUUCUAUGGAUUAUGAGGAAAGUGGUAGAUCUUGCAGCUUUAACUCAUUGUGUAGCUGAGGAUGACCUCCAAUUCCCAGUCCUCUCACAGGUGCUAGGACUAUAAGUCUGUGUCACCAUGCCCAGCUAAAGAUGUGGUCUUAAGACUUUCAGACAUAAUUACAAUGUAUAUGCAAGAUAUGAGCAUGGGUUUUUGUUGCUGUUCCUGUACUGAAAUAGCCAGCAAUGAGAUCAUUGACUCAAAUGUGUCCAACUUUAGAGUCUUGAGUGAUGAAGUAUCGAUCUCACUUCCCCAGUAAAAGACCCAUCAUGGAGAAGUUACAGUUGUGUUCCUUUGAGAAUCUUGUGGAAACGGGUCUUUGUUUAGCCCAGACCGGCCUCAAAUUUGCAGUCCUCCUGCCUCAGCCUCCCUGAUGUUUGAAUUACAUGGAUGCUCUAGCAUUUUCAAUGCCUGGGAGAAUCCUGAACACAAUUAUUCUUCCCUUCUAGCAUGAUAGGACACCUUCAGGUGGACUUUUCAGCUUGCUUUAGCCUAAAUGCCAGAUGUUUUGAGUAUGGUCUAUGCCUGUGUCUGUCAUUAGUGAGACUUGAUUUUCAGGAUACACAGUUGCUCUUUCUCUUAAACUUCUGUUUAGCUUUCAAGUCCUAGAUUGCAGAAUUUUUUGUCUUGAUGUUUUGGGUAAUGCUUUAUUGUCACUGGCUUGGCACUGAACUGUUGAUGCUCAUUAAGUAGGCAGACUUUAUGUCACAGGGAUGAAUGUAAACCCUGCACAAACUUAAAGCUAUUCAUAGAUGACGAGCCUUCAAUAAGCUGCCCAGUCCUCGUGGCAAACUUAUCUGGCUGUAGUUGCUUCUUUCCAGUGCUCUUUCCUUUUGUUAAAUUUCUUGUAGUGAAUAUAUAUAUAAUUCAUCUUUUAGUUUUCUUAGUUAUCAUGAGAAUUAACUUUCAGUUGGCUGCUCAAGGAAGAGAAAACAGUUGCUGCCAAUAAUUUCACAGUGCAUUUUGGGCUUUGCACUGUGUUUUCUGUUUACCACUGAAUAUGAAUAACGUGAUCAUCUUGAAUUUACGGUUGGAAAAUAACAGUAACAGACAUAACUGGGGACACAGCCAGUACUUGCAUAAUGCGAGUUGUCCUUUUCUCUGCAGUUGUAGUUCAGUGCUUCAUCCCUGCAGUAGGAGCAAUGGGGGGUCUGAGCGGGUCAGGGCCAGAAACAGUGAGUUAAUGCUGUAUAUUAAAUACACUGAUUAUAUGCUCUGCUUCAUUAUGUUAAGAGACCUGAUUAAUCAGCAGUUAUACAGCACAUAUUUCUGCUGUGUGCUAGGCUUUACCUCCUGGCUGGUAGAUAUCUAAGAUCUGGGGAAUAGCGUUCAAGGAGUGCUAUGUAUGUGGGGUUACAAAAGCAGACCUAGACAAGUUGUUCACUUGAAAGACUACGAUCAUGUAAAAUUACAGUCAGUACUCAACCCUUCUAGCCAAUAUUUUUUUGAAAAAUAAACUAAAUGCCUUUAUAAA